AUGGCAGAGAACGCUUGGAACACACGCGAUCCAGAGACAGUCAGCCUGGCUUACACAGAGGACCACAAGCACUGCAAACAAUUCUGCGAGCUGCAAGAUUGCGUGUGGAGGAAUCGCGACACCUUCUUCCAAGGGCGUGAUGCCAUUGUGAAUUUUCUUCGCAAGAAAUGGGAGAAGGAGCAGGAGUAUCGCUUGAUAAAGGAGCUCUUUGCCUUUGAAGGAAAUCGAAUUGGGGUCUGCUUCCAGUACGAGUUCAAGGAUGCCUCCACAGGGCAAGUUUCCAUCGAUUGCUUUUUCGUGUUAGCCAAAGGGAUCUGGUACCGUGCCUACGGCAACGAGAACUGGGACUUUGCGGAGAAUGGCCUCAUGUGCCGACGUCAGGCACAUGAAAAUCAAGAGCCAAGCCUCCACACUGAGUCGACUUGCCAUCACCCGAAGUCACGGUCGCAGGCUUCCAUCAACGACGUUCAAAUUAAGGAAUCGGCCCGCGUCCUUACUAGGGGCUGUUGUGGCAAGGUGUGGUAUGUUGUGGAUGAUUUUCGAACUUAUCGCUCCGAGGAUCGACGGUUCACCUGGCCAGAGCUUGGUCAUCGGCCUGAAGACUUCCCAUCCUUGAGCGAGCUGUAUGAGGUUCAUGGGCAAUGCCACUCGACCGCAGCUUUCGGCAACUGCCUGCAUGAUCACCUUGCAACAGAUACAGCCUUGAGUGAAGUACCUUACCAGCUCAGGCGCGAGGCGACGCGCGAAGGAGCUUUGCAGCAGGGCCCACGGUAUUGCAUUCAGCAUGUCAAUUGGGUGGUCGAACAUCGGGCCGUUCUGAUUCGCUCACAGCCCAGCGUGAAGGCUACGCAGACCGGCUGGGUGAAGCUGACAAGGGAAUCUGGCAUUCAGGCUGGGUGUCUGAUUGCCAUGGACGGAGGGAUCGCUGUCGAAGACAUGCGUAAAAUAUCGGGCUACUUCUUGACACUGGGCGACGAGAAAGCCGCGACAGCAGAACACACAACAGUGACUGCCGUUGCGCGCUAUGCUUUUCCGGAAUUUCCGGCUGGAGCUCCGGAUGGCAAAGUGGCUUGGGUGCUGAUUGAUGGCCAGGAGGUUGGUCUCGGCAUCUUGCUCCGCCGCUUGAAGCCGGGCGAGAAGCCCGUCGAGCAGGAAGCCCUGAUAGCAUUGUGCGCGCAAAGGAAUGACAUGACCAGCAGCCUUCAGGACAUCUACACCGGGGCGCUGGAGUUUGAAGUCCUCUUCAAGUCCGGCAGCCGCCUUUGGGGCUACCCGAAAGACAACUGGCUCCAAACCAACCGGAAGUACAGGAGUGUGAUCAGUGGUUUGAAGUGGGUGAUGCAGCUCACUGAUGUUUUGGCAGUAAGAAGCCGCAAGCAGACAGAGUUGAUCUUGCAGAACGACCGCGGCUGGAUUCGCAUCGCGGAAGCCUCGUAUUCUGAUGGAACGGACCUGGGCCAUGGGCAACUGCUGCAGUGCACCAUGAUGAAGCCCAACGCUGUGAAGUGCUUUGCAGAGGCAGCUCCAUCCAGUCAAGGCAUGCUAGGCAGACAGGGGCCAGCUGUAUCGCGCUACAUCAUUGCGGCUUGCAGGUAUUAUGGCGGUGGAGGUGGUGCAGGCCAUGGCGGUUGCGCCUGGGUUGGCGUGCUGGCGACGAUGACACCAGAGACGGACAAGAAGAAAACAAAUGUGGCCUUGGACAAGACGCGCAACUGUACAGGCAAGAUCGGGCCUUUGGCAUCAGAUGCCACAUUCUUUGUAAGGCUCGAAGUCUCAGUGCAAAGCACCCUGGAUUGCCUGGUGACUGCCUUCAUCCUGAUUCCUGGGGCAGAUGUGAACAACCCGAAGAGCAUUUGCUCAAAGGUCAGCAGCGAUUGGGCAGAGGUACAAACAGGAUCCGCCGUUGAUGCAACAGAAGAGGCGGCAAUGACCUUUGAUCCCCUGGCGAAGAUCCGCGGGAAAUGCGGCGACUGCCAACACUGCGCAAACUUCAUUCUGUCCAAGUAUUCCUACCUGAUGCGCUUGGAUGAGGUGCUUUGCCGCCGCUGCGGUUGUGCUUGCACAAGCCACGAGAUUGUUGGCGAGUACGGGCAGAUAGUGGCCAAGGGCUAUGCGGACACUGAUUUUGUGUUUGCCGGACCUGAUGCGCAGGUCACAAAGGCGCGCAAUUUGUACGAGACUCUGGGCGUAAAGCCAUCAGCGGCUGCGAAGGCAGACUUGGUUUCUGAGCGUGAGACCUGGCAGAAAACGCAUAGUAUAGCCUUCAGGACAUUCGCAAUGCUUACCGCCAGAUUGCGCUGCGCAUUCACCCAGACAAGGAUGAGUUGCCUGGUCAGUGCAUUGAAAGAUAUGGAUGUGGUCAGUGCUCGCAGGUCCCCUCGGGCCAAGGCCGGGAGGAAGAUCUUGUUGCUCAAGCAGAGGCUCGGAAUAUCUAAGUUGGCUCGCCCGAAAAUGUAUCUUUUCCAGAUGUGCACCAGGCCGCCUUUAAACUGGUGUCUACAGCUUACGAAGUCUUGGGGGAUGAAGGAGAUCCGAAUCCAGAUGGAUGGGUUGGCUUUGAGUGAGCUGGGCAAGCACGCAGCAGGCAAGAGAUCUUCCUACAACCACACUGCAAAGCACCUGGCUCAGCCUGCGUCGGAAUGCGUCAGCUUUAUUGCAUUUUGCUACGCUAGAUCGGCCGCGGACAACGACCCCUUCGGCCCAGAGAGUUGGAUGUCUGGUAUCCCGAUCCGGAUGGGUCCCGACCUGACAGCCGGGCUACAGGGCACAGCCCUUCAUGGUGCAACCAAGUCCAAAACAGAGGUGAUCCUCAAGGAGCGGGCCUUAAAAGAGGAUUUGGGAGCUCAACGGGUGUCCCAUGCUGUCAGUGGCGACGAGAUCUGCAUGUCCAUGAAUCGCGGUACGAGUGUCAUGGGUCUCAAGCGGGCUCUCUGCAAGAAGCUGAAGCGUGGUCCGCCAGAGAGCAUCGACAUUUGUGACAUGGAAGGGUGCAUCCUUGGUGAUGACCACCGCUUUGCUGAGAAUCAGGAGCUGCACUGCAUUGGUAUCUCCCUCGGCCGGCCCAAGACAGUGACGGUCGAGGUCAAGGACCAUCGGUCUGGGGCCAGGAUGCAGGUUGAGGUGCUGGACACCGCAAGCAUGGAGACAAUCAGAAAGAAGGUCGCACGAGAGCUUAAAGUCAAGGAGAAGGAGCUGCAGAUAGGGCAACAGAAGAGCGCCGGCAAGCAUGCUGCCCGUCGUUUUGAAGCUCUUCCAAACGAAGAGUUACUCAACGGCAGGCGGAUGAUCUACGUUCAUGGAAACAGCGUGCUGAUCUACCUCACGCUAGACCAGGCGUUGCAUCUCCAGCGGGAUUUGAUUGUGGCCUACGGUGAGACUGUCUUCCAGACAAAGCUUGAGGCGCUGCUGUCAGAGUAUCCUAUGCCGGAGUCGAUCACUCAAAUGAGCUUCCGCGAGGCCUUCGGAAGGCUCGUUCGAGAUGCUCAGAAGGCCACCCUGGCAAGGUGGGGCUUUGAGGGUGAUUUUGCGGCGCAGAACAUGAUGACUGCUUUUGGCAAGGCAAGCAUUUGGUGUGCGCAUAUACCGAUGUCCAGGCAUCCACAAUGUAUUCAGGUGGCUCAUACGCCGGAAGUGUACGAGCUGAGCUUGGAGAUUGACAAGCUCCUUCGCAUUACAUCAGGCAGCGCACGUUUGAAGUUCAGCAGCCUAGCCAAGAACUAUAGAGGAGACCAACUUGAGCCACAUUGCCCAUGUUGA